AUGAUGGCGACGGUGCGCCGCUUUGUGUGGGUGCUGGCCGCUGCUCUGUGCUGCACGGCCUUGUGCGUGACUGGUGGUGGUGUCCCUGGGCUUCCCACAGAUGUUGCGGCGGAGGAGUCGAGGGUAAGUGCACUUCUGGAAUCCGUAACGAGAGCCAGCGAUGCUGUGACGGAUUCGACAAAAAGAUUGAAUGAGGCUGAGAAGGGAGUGGAGAAGGCCCAGGCAUUAUUUGCUAAAGCCAAUGGCGAAGCAGAAGUGGAGAGAAAGAAUCUGGAGAAGGCUGAGGCUGUGGUACUUGAGUUUGAGAGCGCACUGGGUGCGGCUGCUGAAGGAGUGAAGACUGAAGAGAAGAAGAAGGCCACAGCUGAGGAGGAAGUGCGGAGGGCUGAUGAGAGGAAGAAUGUUGCUCAGGGAAAAUUGGAUACCCAGAAUGCGUUGGUCAUGGAUGCGCAGGCGAAAAGUCUCGUGGAUACGAAGAAUGCUGAAGCGGCGUUGAGCGAAGCCAAGAAUGCAGCACAGGAGGCCCGCACCAAACUGGACGAAGCUGAUGCUGCAGCGGAGAACGCGAAGAGGGAAAAAACAGCAGCGACAGGUGUAGCACGAAAUGCCAACGGUGCCAUAGAGCGCGCCCAUACUGCAGCAGAGAGUGCCAGAGAGAUCUUGAAGACGGUAUCAAGUGCAACGGAGGUGUUUUUGCGUGUUGCUGGUGACGCGGAGAAGGCUGAAGGGAACGUCAAGGAGGCAGCGCUGGCGGCAGAGAAGGUGGCGGAGCUGGCUGAUGCAGCAGCGGAUGAAUAUUUCCGUUCAUCGGGUGACACAAUACCCGAAGAAAAAGUUGCCAUCGUCCUGCAGUCUGCUGAAAAUGCAAGGACGAAGAUGACUGAGUCAGUUGAUGUGGUUCACAAUGCCAAAAGCGACGCUGAGAAAGGGAUUGCAAUGCUUAAUGGAUUCGAAGAAGCUGCCAAUCGUGCACUUGAGAAUGCUAGAGCGGCCGAGGCAUUCUGCAGUGAUGCGGAAAGAAUUUCUGCAGAGGAAAUGGCGAACGGUGCCAAGGGUGAAACAAAGAAGAAGGCUGCGGAGGCAGCGAAGCGGGCAAGAACAGCAGCGGAUCUUCUCCUUAUGACUCUGAAUAAUCUUGCGGAAGCAAGGGGCUAUGCCACUACAGCAACGCGGGACGCUCAGAUCGUAGUGCGCGACGCUGGGUAUGUGAAAAGUAAAAUUGAGAGGGUUAUAGGCGAUUUAAGAACUCAGCCGACUCAAUACAUGAAGGAUGCAGCAAGUGGUGCUCUUCAGGCAGCAAAGGACGCUAGGAACCUGGAGAAACAAACACAAAAGCUGGCGUCGAGUGGUAAGGACGCAUCAGGGAAGACUUCUUUGGCGGCUGCACAUGCUGGAAAAACAGCAACUGCCUUAGUCGAGGCGAAGACAUUUGCUGAAGAGGUGAAUCAGCAUGCUGGGGUGAUAAAAGCAGCGGCUGCAGCUGCGCUUGCAGAUGCUGAAAGGCAGAAGCAAGUCGCCACUGAAGCACUGAGUAAAGCCGAAAAGGACAAGGCAAGCGCUUCGGCGGCGCUGGAGACGGCGACGGAACAGGAGGCUGCUGCUAAGACUGCGCUGCAGGAGGCCCAAGAGGAAAACAAAGCCGCGCAGGAUGAACUGGAAAAGGCCCAAAGCAACAGGGACUCUGCCGUGACGGCGUUGGAUACAGCCACGCAAAAGAAGACUGCCGCUGAGCGGGAGCUGCAAGAGGCACAGAAGAAGACGGUGGCCGCUGAACAGGCGUUGGCAACAGCCGUGAGAGGGAGGUCCGCUGCUGCUGAAGCACUGGCAGCAUCGAAGGAACGGAAAACAGCCGCUGAGCGAGCGCUGGCAGCAGCAGUGAAAGAGAGGAAAACUGCUGAAAAAGCCCUGAGGGAAGCCGAAGAAGAAAAAGAAGCUGCCGAAAAAACACAGAAAGAGGCACAGGAGAGGGAAGUGGUGACUGAACAGGCGCUGGCAACGGCGGAGGAGAAGGAACGACGGCGUGUCUCCGUUGAUGCCCCGAAGCAGCUGCAGCAGAUGAAGCCUCCUGCCCCUACUCCCGAUCCUGUCUCCACGCCUGGGAUGGCUAGCGAUACCUCCACUAAUGCGGUUGACGGUCUCCCCGCUGCUCCUUCACAUGGCGCACCACAGGCGAGGCUUGAGGGUCCCUUGGCCUCUCCGGUGGAGCAGUUGAAUGAAAGUGCCGCCGGUGCUUCUGCUGCUGCUUCUGUGCCGACACGUGAUGAGGACCGAUCUCGACCGGGAGCUUCGAUGAGUGCCCAGCCGGGGACGGAGCCGGUGCAGGCUACAGACAGCGCUGAUGAGAGUGCCGUGGAGCAAGCAGAGUCAGUGAUGGAACCUGCAGUGCCUGCACGUGUUACGGAUGUGCAGGAGGGGCAACCAGUUGUAGGUGGCGUGGUUCCCGCCCCUGCGGGUGCACUGAAGAGCGACUUGGGCGGGAUGCUGCAGGAGGCCGGCGGCCUGGACAGCAGCGACAACCCUGUGUGGCUUCGCACACCGCUGCUGCUGCUGCUGCUGCUUCUGGGUGCCGUGGCCUGUCUGGGAGCGUACUGA